AACACCUGUUUUUGUUUUUCUUUUUUUCUGGAUCUGGAAACAAACGCCGUACAAGUAAAUGCAGUAUUUUCUGUUAUUAACACGAAGUUUCCAUACUUUGUACACCCACGGAAUUAGUAGUCAUUAACUGUAUACUACUGUCUUAUAAAUAUGCUAUUCUUCUUCCUAUAGCUAAUUCAUCACCAUAUCAAUUGUUGUUUUUAGAGCAUUCCCAAAAAGUUUCUCCAUUUUUCUAAUUGUUUCAAGUUCAACCCUUUUCACACUUUAUCAUAUUCUACCAACAUUAAUCAUCUGACUCCAACUUGUUUGAGACUACUGCAUAUAACUAUUUCAUUUUAAUCUACGUGCAACAUGUAUAUGGAGUCUGUUUCUGUACCUAGUGCCGAAAACAAGUCCGUUUUCUCAAGAUUACGAAAUAGGUUUUCGCUCAAAAAGGCGACUUCUCAGAAGAAAGACGAGGGCCUAACAACAACAACAACAAUGACAACAACGACGACAAUUACUACUACUACUACUGGUCCUCGUCUUUCAGUAAGUAGUAGUAGUAGUAGUAGUAAUAGCGAAUUAGAGAGGGUAUUUACGUACUUUGACGAGGAUGGAGAUGGAAAGGUGUCACCAGCGGAGCUAAGGAGGUGCAUGAAGGCGGUAGGAGGUGAGCUGACGGAGAAGGAGGCGGAGAUGGCGGUGAGGCUAUCGGAUUCCGACGGGGACGGGUUGUUAGGAUUAGAGGAUUUUACAAAGCUAAUGGAAGAAGAGAGGAAUAAAGAGAGUGAGUUGAAAGGAGCAUUUGCUAUGUAUGAAGAAAUGGAGGGCAGUGGCUACAUCACUCCUAAGAGCUUGAAGAGGAUGUUGAGUCGACUUGGUGAGUCAACUUCUAUUGAUAAAUGCAAAGCUAUGAUUAGGAGAUUUGAUAUCAAUGGAGAUGGAGUUCUUAGCUUUGAUGAGUUCAAAGUUAUGAUGACAACUUAGAAGAGUUCAGAGAGAAACAAUGCUGUAAUAUAUGAUUCUUGGUCUCAUCAAAUAAUGAGAGAAACAAUGCUGUAAUAUAUGAUUCUUGGUCUCAUCAAAUAAUUCCUAAUUAAUGUUUAUCAUUGAGAUUUUUCAUUCUAUAGAUUCAUAAUUGUAAAGAAUUUCUU